AUGCAUUUUAAGGAGUACACCCCCAGGUUGAAUUUCCUCAAGGAUUCUGCCAGCUCCUUGAGUUCGACGAGUCCCUCUACUGCCGCCUACUUAAUGUCCGCCCAUAAUGUCAUCUUCCAUGAAGAGCACAAGCCGCUCAACCAACGGCUACAUGAUUCGUUCUGUGGCGCCUGUGGUAGUCCUAGAAAUAGUGAGUGGACGAAGGUAACAUCCAUUAAAAAGAAAAAUCAAAAGCGCGCCACUUCCUCGCUCGCAAAAGGUCUCACCGCAGAAGGAGCUACCGUUCACAAGUGCCUGCGUUGUCGUCGACGGACGGUGACCCAGCCUCGCGCUCCAUCAAAAUCUGCCCCUGUCACUGUCCCCAUUGUUGAUUCUCGGCCGUCUUCAUCUGCUGAGACCCCAGCUUUGCCCGAGCAAGUGUCUGCUAGUAAAACUACGGAAAACGCGAGUAGUAAAAAGCGAGCCAAAGCGAGGAAACAGGGUGGAUUGCAGGCUCUUCUCGCCACAAAACAAUCUCAGAGUGACUCAACCAAGUCGCUGGACUUGUUUGAUUUCCUCCAGCAGUGA